AUGAUUGUAAUUCUGCUGGUGUCUAUGUCCAUGGUGGUGUACAGUGGUGGCCAAGAACUGGAGCCGCCAGCAUUCCUGCCAGAGCUGCUUAACACACCUGAAAGAAUCUUGAACAAUGCCACACUCUUCAAUGGAGUCUUUCAAAAUGUGGAAAGUGUUGCAUUAUUUUUUGACUGCCUGGGUUCUCACUUCACCUGGUUACAGUCCAUCUUCACUAACUUUCCUGCCCUUCUCAACUUUGUGAACAAAAUGAAGUGUGUUACUGGGUUUUGUCCCAGGGAUUUUGAAGACUACGGUUGCUCUUGCCGGUUUGAGAUGGAAGGGCUCCCCGUGGAUGAAGCUGAUGAAUGCUGUUUCCAGCACCGCAAAUGCUACGAGGAAGCACUGGAGAUGGAGUGCACGUGGGACCCAUCCAAGAUUUCUGCAGAUUUCAGCUGCUCUACUAAAAACUUGACCUGUGAGUCUGUGGAUCCCUGUGAACAGUUCCUCUGCACCUGUGACAAAGAUGCCAUUGAAUGCUUUAUGAAUGCAGAGAUUAACUCCUCCUUGAAUGGGCUGGAUGUCUCUUCCUGCCCAUCUCCAGUUACAGAGGUGGUUCACCGAGGGACUGAUGAAACACGGGUUGUGACUGCAUCUGUGGAAGAAGUGGUUUCUUUUGAGCCUCGUGACACAGUCUUGGCAACUUCUAAAGCCAGAGGAGGAUAUUGCUCUCACCAGCUAUCUAAAAUUAAAAUCUUGCUGUUUAUUUUCUAUUUCUUCUUCUGCUUUCUUUUUUCUGCUUAUUCAGAACAAGAUGGAUUUAUGGAAGCUUUGGUCUCAGUGGAAGAGAUAACCACAUCCCCAGCCUCAUUCCCAGGAGACAGUAACUCAAUGCAAGUCAAAAUUGUUCCCACCAGCAAGAGUCCUGCAGGCACACCUGCAAGGACAAAAGGAAAAGAGACAAGCUCUGCAAGGGGUGGCCUGAGCACAGCUUCCUCUGGAAUAGCUCUGGACCUGGGACUGUCUGAGAGAGGACCUGAAGGAAAAGUGUGUGAGCGAUUGACCUUUCUGCAAGAGAGAGGACGUGGAAGAGUGAAGAGGGAGCUGCCCCAGCUUGGAGAAAUGCUGUUCUGUUUAACUGAGAGAUGCCCAGAGGAAUUUGAGUCUUAUGGCUGCUACUGUGGCCAAGAGGGAAGAGGUGAUCCCACCGAUGCACUGGACAGAUGCUGCUUCUCUCAUCACUGCUGUAUGGAGCAAGUUAAGAAACUUGGAUGUCAUGCAGAAAGAAAUUUGAGAUCUGAAGUUGUAUGUUUGGAUCAUACUCCGAAAUGCAUGGGAUGGAGCACGUGUGAGAAGCUCCUCUGUGCCUGUGACAAGGCUGCGGCCGAGUGCAUGGCUUCUGCCUUCUUCAACGAGAGCCUGAAGCUUCCCCACAGGCACGAGUGCCAGGAGGAGAAGGUCUCCUGCCCAGGGGACCCUGCUGAAAGGCCUCCAGCAGGCACAGAAACAGGCACAGAAACAGGCACAGGGGGUUCCAGCUCCGAGGAGAGCAGUGAGGAGGAAGGAGCCCUGCGGAGCGGAUUCCGAAGAGCCAAGAGAGGGACACGGCAUCGCACUGGGAACUCCAGCAGUGUGGGACACGAGGGCAGAUAGCCACCCACCUCCACGGGCUUGGGAAGGGCCAUGACAGCAGCCAGCCUCUGAGCACCUGCCUCCUUAUCCUUUACAUGCUCUCCAGCACACAAAUGAUGUAAUCAUAGACUAGGACUAGGUGUUAGGCUGUAUUAACUCCUUACUCUUGCAAGGUCAGCAAUAUGGACCAUCUAUCUAGGUCAGAUAUUACCUUAAAUAAUUAUUUGACAGUGUUCUAUAUAAUUUCACUUGAUUUUUAAUGUAAAAGCUGUUAUGGUCAGACUGACUUUCGUUAACUGUGCACUUGGUUCAGACUGGAUCUUGCUGAUGGUGGCCAAGUACUCCAGAUUUUUAA